AUGAUGAGUCACACGGAGAAACUUCAAAGUAAUAUAGACAAAGAGCUAUCCAAUGACCACAGUGAGAGAGAGGAGUCCGAAAUCUCAGAAUUAUUUGCGAUUGCCCGACAGCAGUUGAAUAGGUGUCUUAAGUGUAAUAAGGAAGAAGAACGCGAAUCAGUGGUGCUGGCUUGUGCCCUCCAAUAUGCGACGAGAGACACCGAGCGCACGUGCGGUUUUUUGGAACUCGUACGCGCGUCGUUAUGUGCACGUCGUUCUACGCCCGCCUGGUGCGAGCGAUGCGCGAAGUUUACGCCCACCACACAGCGCGGGCGGCUGGUUAGGUUACCUCCAAUAUUGGCGAUCAACUGUGGAGCAGUGACAGCCGAAGAGAAAUUGUUCUGGGCGAAAGGGACUACUAAAGAAACGCCUGAGGCCAUAAAACGCAACGGGAAUGUCAAGCCAUGUAGGUAUGGGCUGCACUGCGCAAGACCUGGCUGCAGAUUUAAGCAUCCAGAUAGGCCGAGCCCGUCCCAGAGUAAUCCAGUGAAGAGCGACUCGCAAGAUGUGAGCUGUGUGAUUCCACACCAGCUGCACAUUCGUCUCCAGUCCGAUGGGGACAUCACUAUUAGUGAUAAGGCGGAACAGGUAGACAAGCACAAAAAGAAGCCGAAAUCCGAAGCGGAAUAUGCGUUGACAGCGGCCGUUGUGUGCGUCGAAGACAGUCCCAGGAACCUCGUGGCGUAUAUCAGGAUCGCUGAUAAGGAAGACGCGCAUUGGUACCUUUAUAAUGAUUUGGGGAUUGUGUCUGUGAAUGAAGAGGAGGUCUCCCAAUUCAGUCCUUGGUGGAAAUCACCUUGCGUACUCUUUUACACUAGUCCCAGAGCACUGCACGCUAAAGAUGUCGCUAGUGUCUCCUAG